AUGACGGACAAACUGCCUCCCAAUCUCCUUGCUCUAUUCCAACCCCGACCUCCCCUCCGCUACAUCCCUCCUCAAGACUCGGCCCCAGAAGAGAAAGCUCUCAAGAAAUCUCAGCUAUCUGGGAUAGCCGCAUUUCUUCCGCAGCUAGAGGAGUACAAGGCGACCGAUGUGUACGAAGCGACCGAGUCAUGGCUGCAGCAGCGCGAUCGCAAGAGACUCGAGAAGAAACUGCGCCAGCAAGAGAUCGAACAACCCGACUUUCAAGGCUACAGACCAAAUGAAGAUCCAAAGAUCAAGGGCGACGCCGUCAAGACACUGUUCGUCGGCCGCUUGAGCUAUGAUGCAAAAGAAGCAGACCUGGAGCGUGAGUUCGGCAGGUUUGGUCCCAUCGAAAGAAUCAGGAUCGUCAAGGAUGAGACAACCCCCAAACCCAAGAAGCCACACAGAGGGUAUGCUUUCAUUGUCUAUGAAAGAGAAAAGGAUAUGAGAGGUACUUUCUUCUACGCAAACCCUUCUGCCCUUGACCCUUCUUUUCACACCAAAUAUUCAAUGGUAAGAUGUGCUGGAACUGACCUCGAGAUCCCUUACAAUUUUACAGCUGCCUACAAAGAAACAGAUGGUCUCCGCAUCAAAGACCGGAGAGUCGUUGUCGAUGUUGAACGUGGCCGCAUGGUCCCGGGUUGGAGACCUAGGAGAUUUGGCGGCGGUCUUGGUGGACGAGGAUAUACCAAGCAAGCCCCUGCAAAGCCUACAUUCGGACCGCCGGGUGGGUAUGGUGGCGGGUUCAGAGGUGGCUUUGGCGGUCGUGGUGGCUUCCGCGGUGGUGGUUUCCGCGGCGACCGAGGGGGCUUUGGUGGGCGAGGUGGCAUUGGGUAUCAAGGAGGGGGAGGCUUUGGCGGACGACAAGGUUACCAGAAUGGACCUCCGCCCCCCAAUGCACCCAGCGGGCCCGGUGGGAGAGGCGGCUAUGGCGGAGGCUAUGACGACCGACGCAAUGGAUAUGGUGGUGGAAGGGACCAACGCGGCGCAACCGGCAGCAACACCGAUCCGCUCGGAGGACGAGAUCGUGGAUAUGACAAUCGAGACAGAGAUCGUGACCGCGACCGUGACCGAGAUCGAGACCGUGACCGAGACCGCGAUCGAGACCGAGAACGUGAUCGAUACGGAAGCAGCAGACGAGAAGACGACUACGGCUCGAGAAAACGACACCACGAGAACGACGGGUAUGACGAUCCCAGACAACGCAGAAGGUAUUGA